AUGCUAGCCGAAGAUUCACCUUUCUACAUUGACAUAAAUAGGAAACCGACUGGGGAUUCGUGGUAUGUGUCACAACCCAUGGGUAAAACCACUCUAAGAAACAUAAUAAAGUUGAUGUGUGAGGAAGCUGGUAUAGAAGCCCUAAAGGCGGAUCUAAAGGCCUGCAGUACUCAAGGCCGAGUGUGUCAGACUUCUAGUAUUUCUGUGAGAUAUAAAGUGAAACUUGAGUUUGAUAAUAAGAAAACAGAUUCAGAACUUUCAGGAAUGUACAAAGCUUACUCCUUAACUGAGUGUGCCGCCAUGUGUCAGGGCAGCUGUGUCAUCUUUGGAUACAAUCCUGUAAUGAAGAAGUGCCGUGCCCACAAGGAGAUCUUCACGAGUGAUACAUCUGAGGAGACUGGCUGGAGAUACUACUCUAUUUUUCUUCCUGUGGAUUGUAAGGAACUUCGUGAGAAUGGUUACACUAAUACAGGUGUGUACGAAAUUUAUCCCUUUCAGACCGGCUUCAGUCCAGUCAAAGUUUACUGUGAUAUGAAGACAAUGGACGGAGGAUGGACGGCCAUCCAGAAACGAGUUGAUGGAUCCGUGGACUUUGACAGGACUUGGGCAGAAUGUAAGAUUGGUUUUGGUAAACCGGAACAGGAAGUAUGGAUCGGAAAUGACUUAAUCCAUCAGUUAACAAAGGGACAGAACUCGUACCUCUAUGUUUCCAUCACACUGGAUUUAAAUACUGGAAACACUGGGCGUGAUCUGUCAGGGAUGUACUUCACCACCUCAGAUAGAGACAAUGACCGAUAUGAGGGGGCAAACUGUGCUGUCCACACUGGAGGGGGAGGAUGGUGGUUCAAUUCCUGUCACUUCGCCUUCCUUAAUCAUCGCUGGUCUAUGUCAGGGGGUACUUAUCUCUGGCAUCCUACUGUUAGAUAUGCCAACUAUGCUAGCGCAGUAAUGAUGCUGAUCAAACGCCACUAG